CCUGCUGUCUACAGAACGGUGAGCAGGGCUUUAGCCGGAUUCAGGCUUCACUCAGAGGGAAAGGAUCAGAGAAGGAACGCCGUACCGGAACAUUUCGCCGUCUAUGCCCGUCUAAAGUGCGUCUGAGUCGGCGGAGGAUGGCGCAAUGACACGACUAGGCUCGAUUCUGUUUGCGACCACUGUAUUAAAGGAUGCUGUUUGUCCCCCUGGCCGAACGGAGCGGUUUUCCGCCGCGCUGCUGCUCUUCGGCUUCACUCUCGCCGCUAUUAGUGCCAGCGUUCCGGUGCCACACUGCCCUGACCACAUCGACUGCUCCAGAGUGGGCCGGCAGUUCUGCAAGCCCGGUUCCUCUCGCUGUGGCCCGUGCAUACCGUCACUGCAGGAAGAUGAAGAAGGCCACUGCGUCGCUCCAAACAGCCAUCAUUCUCAUCACAGCAAGGACAUUUCCAUUUCUGAUCUCGAUGAGCAAAUCGACUACCUGUCUUCAGUCAUCGCCAAGCAGCAAGUCUCAGGUGUCGAGGAUUCAGAUUCUGCCAAGACUAAGAGUCAAACCACUGCGAAGAGUACACUAAAACCAGCCACCCAAAGCCCCUUCACCCCGACUACUAAAUCCCCUGUGACUCAGACGAACGCUUUAGGCCGUAGCAAACCCAUCAGUGUGACCUUUACACAAGAUGGCCUGAUCGUCAUCCUGAUGGCCGCAUUCAUCAUUUUGGGAGUUGCGGCUCUCAUCAUAGCUGCCGUCUGUUGGGUCCGAAUACAGAAGGAAAACCAUUUAUCUCAGAAAGUGGAUUACCCGGCGUUUCAUGCAAUGGAUAGCAGCUCUUCUAGCGGCAAUUCGUUUGGGGACAAGAAGCUGGCUCACAGUGCUCAGAUGUUUCAUUACCAACAUCAGAAACAACAGAUGCUCUCGAUGGAAAAACACAAAGUUGAACCGAAAGUCUCAGAGCCUGGAGUUACGUCAGAUGAUGAAACCGAAGAAGGAGAUUUCACUGUAUACGAGUGUCCAGGACUUGCACCGACUGGAGAGAUGGAGGUGAAGAAUCCUCUGUUCGACGACUCUACGUUACAGAACGGAAGGAAUCACAAGUGACCUGGACACACUCACAGACAUGCACAGACGCCACACAACGCAUUUUCAAUCGGGAGAAUAAUACCGAUUUACCUUCACACUUUUAAUGCACAUCGACAUCUACACCUAAAUAUCCCACAUCACACACCGGACAGCGAUUUCAGGACUUUGAUUAGAACAAAUUCGAGUAGAAGAGAACUAUUGAAGCUUAAAGAGGCCGAAGACCAGAUACAAAUAAAAGCAUAAGUUGAAAACGAA